AUGCCGCCUCGCUGUAUAAACCCUCCCUCGGCCGCCAGGCUGUUUGUGCAGCUCUCUGCCGGCGCCCGCCAAAGCUCCUCCAUUCUCGAGGUCUUCCUCCCACGACAGCAGCAGAUCCGACAUCUCCGAACAGUCACAACUGUACAACACCCCAGGAGCAGCAACCCUUCCGUUCACCACCGUGCCGUCCGACACCAUGCCUCACUCGAAAGUGCUUCGUCGCGGUCCUUUGCCCGGCGCGCCUUUAGCAGUACGAGCUCCCGGCGGAGGACCCAGGCGAUUCGUAAUCCACAGGUGGACGAGGAGGGCAAGGAAAUGAUGCUGGAGAUCACGCCGCGUGCAGCUCAGCGCCUCACGAAAAUCAUGGAAAAAGAUGAGAACCCAUAUCUCGCCCUGCGCAUACAAGUAGAAUCCGGCGGCUGCCACGGCUUCCAGUACCGAAUGGGUCUGGUAACGUUACCACAGUCGCUGGCCCCUUCGUCCGAAGCCUCGAUACCCGACGAGCCGUCCCCCGAGGCCGAAGCCGAAAUGGCGCCUUCGACGACGACUACCACGAGUACCGACUCUCUGCAACAAGAACUCACCGAGGAUGAUACCAUUUUUGCCUUUGCCAAAGACGACGCACCGGUGGAAGAAGGGAGUGAGGAGGCCCUGGCUACGGCGCCCAAGAUUGUGCUUGAUGUCCCCAGUCUGGACUUGCUAAAGGGCUCCAAGCUCGACUUUACCAUGGAGCUCAUUGGUAGCCAGUUCAAGAUUGUGGAUAACCCUGCGGCGUCGAGUAGCUGUGGUUGCGGUACUAGUUUCGACAUUAAGAUGUAA